UAAGUAUAAUCUUUGUAACGAAAGGGCCAUCGUAGUAUUUGUAGAAUUGUAGAAUAGUUUAGUCAACAUGCAAUAUUGUUGUGAAGUGGAAUUAUAAAUCGAAAAUAUCGUAUUCUGUUGUGUAGUUAUGGACAUUGACUAAAGUAAUGUGCUAGUGUCAUAUUUAGAUAUUUCGUGUCGAUGGAUAGUUAGGCAUCAAAGAAGCUGUUCGGUCGUUAGAUUUUUUACUCAGUCAAAAUAAUUCUCGAUGUGAAGCAAAAAAAAUGUAUUAAAAAAGAAAUACGUAAAAAUUCCCGUGCGAAUCAACUUGUACCCAGUCAACGAACGUAUAUUAUAACAUUUUGUGUUGUUGUAUAAUAGGAUCGUUAAAUCGUUGCACAGAUUUGAAAAAAAAAAACGAAAUAAAAAAAAUUUGUUUUGAAUGAGAAACCAAAUGAUGUUGUAACGGAUUAGUGAACGGCGGAGAUUUGUUGAUAUCGCUUGUGUUGUGCUCUUGUUUGGGUGCCGUGAAAUAUUCCGAAACAUUAUGCGUGUCUGUGAACUGUAGUCAUACUGAAUGCUAUUCAAAAACCGUAUAAAACGCAUUGCACUUAAACUAAUUUUGUGUGUUUCUAACCGAAAUAAAAGUCUGAACGUCUGGGGUGUCUAUUGACAUCGUUUAAAAACUAUUUUCUACAAUACAAUAAAUUCCAUUAUAGAUGUGCUAGCCGACAGACGUAAAGUGCUUUUCCCUGUUUCAUACAAUAAUACGGUGAAAAAAGAAAAAAAAAAGAAAGAAAAAUUUUCAUAAUAAAAAAUAAAUUUUGGAAGAAAAGAUUUUUCUUGCAUCUCCAAUUCAAAUAACUUAACACUUUGUUUAUACUUUCUAUACAAAAAUAAUCCAACGGAAUUGUUAUGCGUGUUAUAUAAUAUGUUCUAUACAGACCGUUUCCUUAAGCAUUAAAUUUCGACUGAAUUUUCGUUGUUGUUUGGAUGGUGUGUAAUUAGUUCUUUAUUGGAUUAUCAUAAAUUCAAUACAAUAAUCGAAUAAACAUCCGGAUUAGCUUCUUGUAUCUUUCGUGGAUUUUAUGGAUGGGAGACAACAUAAACAUAUGUCUCAUUAAUUAAAAUAUUUUUUUCGUGGUUUUUCACGUAAAGUCAUCAUCGCCUUUGUAAGAAAGGGAUGCAGCGUUGUCCUUACAUCCAUGAAAUGCGAGAACGUUUGCUUGGCCAAUUGAAUAAUGAGUCUAUGCCACUAAAAACAGUUGAACGAGAAGAACUCAUCGACAAUCAACAAAAUAUCAUAAUGGAUCAUAAUCAGGUCGGAACAGUGGUCAAGUUAAACUCAGAUGGAUACGGAUCGCAUACAAGUCCAACUCAUCAAAGAACACCGUUAGUGCCUCGAGAUUUGGGAGAAGAUUUUAAUUUAGAUUUUGAUGACGAGCCGUUAGAUCCGCGUAAACCUAAAAAUGCCAACACAAUGGAAUACGGAUGUUAUGUCCAAAGGAAAAAAAGAACAUCAUUAUUUAUCAUCACAAGUUUGGUGUAUGCAAUGCUGCUGAUAGUUGUAUGCGUAGCAUAUGUAAUAAGCGAUGUCAGCACGCAUCAAUUGCCGAUUAUGUAUUACGAAGGAUUUUUCACUUAUUUGUACGGGGCCAGUAUAUUAUUCUUGCUGUACGUGUUCUGCUUUUUAUUGCAAGAAAGCACAUGUUGCAAUGGGGAAAAGAAACAACCGAAGCCACCAAAAGAGAAAAAGCCAAAGAAGGAAAAGAAACCAAAGAAGUCGGACCAACCUGACAGCAAGGAUAAUAAAGGAGGCAAAGAAGUUGCUAAAGGUGGAAAACCAAGUCCUUUCCAGGAUUCGACGGUUGAAGCUGAAACUGCAGCAACACCGAAAACGAUACGAAAACGAAAAACUACACAUACCGAUCCAAGUCAUGGUAGUUUCUUCUUAAGAGUUGGUGCUAUCGCAUUCGGUUUGGGAACAAUGAUCUACGUUGGACUGGAAUUCGGUACAUUCUUUGAAACGCCAUUCACAUCGCCAUGCCAUCAAAUACUGCGCGGAGUCAAUCCAUUGUUGCAAAUGAUCUUCACAUUCAUGCAAAUGUAUUUCAUCUUCAUGAACUCAAGACUGAACAUUCAUCGCUUCAAAGUACUGGCUCGAUUCGGUUUGAUGCACAUUUGUGCUACGAACAUCUGUGUUUGGAUCCGUACACUGGUUCUGGAAUCACUGAAAGAAAUCACCCUCUACAACCAAGGACGUGGACCAAAUCCCGAAGACGGUGCAAUUCUGGAAACCAUUCGUACACAUUCACAACGUCACGCAGGAUUAGUAUUAGGAACUCAUUAUGGUCCGGAAACUGACUGGGAGCCACUUAAUUUGAACAUUCGAGGAAAUUCACAUGAACUCUUGGAACAAGAUCACAAGCCGGGAAAUAUUCUGUCACGAAUGGUUCAUAGCACAACUCGGGCGGUGGUUGAAGCAAUUACAACGGCUGCAUCUGUUGAAACGACCACUACUUCGACUCCAUACCGUAUGCCAGUCACACCGAGUACAUCAACCAGCACCACCACUGAAGACCCAACCACAGUUACGCCAUGGGCAAAACUAAAGAAAUUUAUCUCAAGCACCACAAGUACAACAAUUCUUCCAUCAACUGUAGAAUCAUCUACAGCUGAUCGAUACGAAACAACGAGUCCAUCAAGUUCUAUUGCCGAUAUAUUUUCAACCUUUGCUUCAUCCACACCAACACCAACACCAUCAACAACCACCCAAGAAUCAAUCUUUAACAACAUUUUCGCAGGCAUGGAAAAUGCUUAUCAACAUUCAGGCUUGGCACAUAAUGAUACUGCGCCAAACGAUCGUACGUUUGAGAGUUUGGAUGCAUUGAUACCACAAGCACUCAUCGCCACAGCUAGUACAGCAAAUAACAGCUGCGGCAAGAAUAAUAUUAUGGGCACAAUUGUUCAGGACUCAGCUCCAUAUCUGUAUCCAUUCAUUAUCGAAUAUUCGUUGAUCGGAGCUGUUGUCAUUUACGUAAUGUGGAAACAUAUCGGACGAUAUCCAAAGUUCACCGAAGAAGAUUUGGAACAUCGUUUGGAAGUGAUGCUGUCUCGUCGAGCGGUUGCUAUGGCUCAGGCACAUUCCGGCCGAGUCGAUUGUGUAGGCGCAUCGAAAGGAUUGUUCUUCGGGCUACUGCUUCUGGUUGGAUCUUUGAUCUGUUUGAUCCUAUUCUUCGUAUUAGUUCGUCAUGAUCAGUUUGAACUACUGGCAUAUUAUCUAGCUGACGCUUCGCACUGUGCUAUAAUGGCAUUUGCUGUUUUUGCAAUUUUCAUAGGAUUUAUAAGGGUUCAGACUUUGAAAUUCCGCUGUGAAGAACAAAGCAACUUGAACGACAUCCUUCUACGUAUCUCAGCAUUCGGUUUGUUCAUCUAUUCAGUGUUUAGCGUUAUUGCUGGCAGCCUGAAAUCGUUUGAAAGUGAACCAAACUUAUUGGUUAUGGUCACCGGUAUCUUGGCAGUGGUUCAGGUGGUAUUGCAAUUACUGUUCAUUGCUGAUGUGUCACGGCGUCGAGUUCAUUUGCCGGAGCAUGACCGCAGUAAACCGGGACGACAAAUCGUUACAUUCUUGCUGAUCUCCAACAUUGCUAUGUUCGCCAUUUACACAUUUGAGGCGCAGAAAGUUUCGGCUAAUCCGGUUCAACUUGAUUUCUACGGAAACAUUGCCUGGUCUCUCAUUCAACGCGUCACUCUGCCAUUAUGCAUUUUCCAUCGAUUCCACAGCGCUGUUACUCUAGCCGAAAUAUGGAAGACAACAUACAAACCACGUUUAGAAUAAAUUUAUACAUUUAAGUAAGUGCAUCAACCAAACGAAAACCAAAAAAACCAAACACACAAAAAAAAUGUAUAUUUUGAAUGAAAACGUAUAAAAUCCAAUCUAAUAUAUCUACCAAUACAAUAUUCAUUUAUUGUGUAAGAUGUCUACAUUACGGCGUAUCAGUUUAAUUCGUUGGAAUAAAGCACAAAUGAGAACCCAAUUUUUUUUUGAAACGAAAGAAAUAGAACAAAACAAAGAGAAAAAUGAAAAUCAAAGUCCCAUUUGAUUCACUGAACCAAGAAAUCAGGUAGACGUGCUUUACAUGCAUUUACUAUCAUAACCAUUGAUUUAUUUAAGAAAUUUCGACAGAUGACCGGAAGAUCACCACAUUAAAAUCAUAGCAAAAUGCACAUUUUGUCUGAUUGUAGUACUCGAUGUAGUGUUUUAAGUCAUUGGAAAAUUAGGAUUACAAUCGCAAAUGAUUAUUUAUACUGUUGCCAUAUAUAUAAUGCCAGAUUAGGUGUUACCAGACCGUGAAUGAUAUUUAACUCAACAAUUUAAUGUGGUGACAAAUUUUGUCUGUCUAAAUCGAUGGAUGGUCGGAAUUUCUUGAUUCGGAUAAUUCAAAUGAAAUUUUGAAUAAUUGUUUUUUCGCGCUUCUAUUUCUCCAGCCCCGUGUUCUAACUUCUGACGUUAAGAUGUUUAGUGAAUAAUAAAAAGAAAACGUUCAUUAGUCGUUCGACUCGCAUAGCGGGAGUGACAUGAUCAAAUUAUUGUGAAAUUUUUAAAUUUAAAUGAUAAAAAGGUAUAAUAAAAACAGUUUUCAGAUAUAAUUAUAAAUAAAACAAAAAAAUUAAAUGAAGAAAAAUGAUUACAGCGAUAAUAUAGUAGUAAUAUAAAGAAACAAAAGAACGGAAAAGCAGAACAGAUAUUAUAAAUGUGGAUGAAAAAGAAAACACAAUUUUAUGAAUGGUUUAUGAAGUAAAUGAAAAAAAUUAAAUUUAAAAAAAAAUUCAAAAUGAAGGAAGAUAAAACUCACUACUGGUAGGUUAUUUAUUACAAAGAUUUAUAAUAAUCGAUGCAUAAUAUUUAUCAUCAUACGGACCUUGGACCUGUUUCACUAAAAACAGAGAAAAUCCUGCAAUUAGUGGAUCACUAUAGGCAAUCAAUGGGUUAGCGAAGGGUGGCAUGGUAAUCAAGUGACCAUAACACUUUUAACAAUGUCGGAAAAUUAGAUAUUCGGGUUGCGAAACGUUUGCAUCAAUAUCAUGAACAGACCAUUCAUCCGAAAGAGUCUGAUUGGCACACAAAAUGAUAAGGAGAAAGUCUUUCAAUUUUAACUAAUCAUAAGUUGCAUUGAACAUUUUGCUCGGAAUAUCAUCGGAAUGACGUCUGAAACGGUUUUUAAUGAUAGACUCGAACUCACUAUCUCGAAUGAAAAAAAAAUUAAUCAAAACUGAAAGACUUCUUACUGAAUCACAAAAGAAAAAUCGCGUUUUCAUGUCAAUACUAGCUGUAUGUGCAACUUGAUUAUAUUCAUUUUUAUCGAUAGAACUUCGCCCUCCCCAUUGUAGUCUGUCGAAGGUGGUGUUACUAACAACAUAAGUAUUUUUUCUGAGUACAACACGGAAGUAAUUGAUUACCUGAGUAUGUUUACCGUUUUCACUUUACGCCGUUCAAAUUAUUUGGUCAUUGUGAGAAACUUCCUUCUCGUCAAUAUACAAAUAUCUAAACGAGAACGUUUCUUAUUCUGCUACGUGUUGCAUUACGAAAGAGGAAUACCAGUGAUGCCACUUAGAUAUCCAAGCGAAAUGAACAUUUAUUGGAGAAAAGUAAAAGUUUAAGGGAAAAAAAUCGUCAUUUCAAAUUCAACUCUUAUUCUCAUCUAUGUGUAGGUGUUAGUUUGUAGAGGACAUAAUUUAUAUAUUAAAAAAAAUAUUAACAGAAAUGAUGCAUUAUAAGACAAAACGGGAUAAUACGAUAAAUUCUAGAAAAAAAAAAAUUAAAUAAGAAAGAAAAAAACAUCACAAUUUUAAGAGGUAAUUAUGAACUCAGAAUAAUUAAAAAGAAAAAUUGAAAAAAAAAUUACAAAUUUAAUUUACAAAAACAAACACAAUCAGUGAAAAACCGACAUGUUCAUUUUCGAUAUAAAAAACGACUAAUUUUUCUAGUAAACGCGCACACAACUAUAAUUAAAAAAUACACAAAACAUGACCUGAAUGGAUUUACACCUCAUAAACAAAAAAAAUUAACAAAAAUUUUACAAUGGUGAAAUAGACUUGCAUUUUCACGUAAACAACCAUGAGUAUGAAAACCGCAAAUAUUGCAACCACAACCAAUAUAAAUACUAACUACACACAUAUAUAAGGUUAAAACUGUUGCGUUGACUGGGUUUAUUCGAAUUUAUAACGAGAAACCGAUAGAUAAAAUAUUAAAUGCUCGCGUGUUGGCAUGUUCAUAUAUACAUUUAAUAUGGUUUUUAGACGUGAAGCAUGACUAACAAUUUUAUAAUAUUGGAAAUUCACUUGUUGAGUCGACACUGUUUUACCUUAAAUAAUUAUUCAAAUUAGUGGCUAUACUCGCCGACAAAACAUCAGGAAUUUCGUUUUUAUUUUUGGUUUAUCUUCAUUGUAUCUGGUCUUACCAAAAUUCGAAACAUUUUUCUCGACUCCUUUUUUUAUAAAUAGAGAAAAUGACCAAUUUAGAAUCACUGCAAUCAAGUCAAAUCGAUCAAGUUCAGUUCUGCAAUUACUUUGUAUAAUCUUGAUCUCGUUUUGACGAUUCGAUGAUAAUAUUUGAAUGGUUAAGAGUGUGGGUAAAUGAAUUACAUUUUAGGUAAAACGACUUUCUGUCGGUGACAAUGAACGAUAUAUAGUAAAUUGUUGCUACGUUAGGGAGUAAUCAGUACCAAUGAAGUUGUGUUCAGUAACGGGAUGAAUGUUUCUAAGAUGUUACAGAAAUAAUUAAUAAAUAAUAGUACCCAUCCGUUGAAGUAAAUUAUUGGUUUGACACGAUACAUUAUAUCUUAUUGAAUAUUGAAAGUAUAUCAGUCAGUGUGUUGAAACCUUUCCUGUUACCAAAUACUAUCACCGAUCAAGAUUCCCUCUAUUGUAGCGAUUUUUAUUUAUUUUCGAACGUAGUUACCGUUCUAGAAAUUCUAAGAUCAGCAGCACCUGGGAAGUAAUUAGUGGUUGUUUCGUUAUACUAUCAUUUCGAUCGUAAGGGCCAACAUUACCGAAUCGUACAUCAACUUAUAUUAUUAUGUCACACACAAAACAAAACAAAAACCAUCCAUGACGACACACAUUAGACACACAUACACAUCAUCAUCACACAAUAUUUAAAUUUUAUAUUUCCGAAAUGAUGCUCAUUUUAAAGCAAAAGUUGCUUUUCCUUGGACUGCAAUUUUGUACUUUUUAUCUACUUUUGUAAUAUUUUUAUAAACCAAUUUUAAGGGACAAAAUGAAAAUAAAAAAAAUUUCAAACAGACGGUAAAAAAAAUUAAUUGCGAAAUUUAAAAUGAAAUAAAAGAAAUUUAAAAUUUAAAAGAAAAAGAAACGAUUUUGAUGAGAAUAUUAUAAUCUUAAAAGUAAAAUUAAAUGGCUAUAUGAAGAUUUAAAUAAAACAGAAACAAAUAUUUAUUAAAGAACCAGAAAAAGGUAGAGAUGAGUUAAAUAAAAAGUAAACCGAAAAAAGAAUAAAAAAAUUACUAAAUAAAAACAAAUAGAAAAUAAAUUUUAGUGACUAAACUUCCAAUUUCAAAAUUCAAUUUACAAGACGAAAAAAAUGUAAUAGAAAAAUGCAACUUAAAUUUAAAAAUGAAGAAUCAAACAUUUAUGUGACCUGUAUACAACAUUUUGUAUUUUUGAAUAAAAGGAAAAGUUUAAAAAAUGAAUAAUAUUUUACUGCAUCAAAAAUAUAGUUGAAAUUUCAAUCGCUUUAUUCAAAACGUAAAAAAAAUCUUUUCUUUUUCUUUUGUUAAUACCAUUUUUUUAUGAUAAAUUGUAUAAAUUGGAGAGUCAUAAGAAACCAAUUAUUAAAAACGAAAAAACAUAGAAAAAAAAUUGAAACCAAUUUAGAAAAUGGAAAUUGGAAUCCCACCAAUUUACUCAAAACUAUUAGAGAAAAAAAAAUCAUUUUCGUAUUGUGGACCAUUUUUUCGACAAUGAAAAUCAUUUUAUCAUACGACGAAAUCAAAGAAUGAUUUUUCUUUGUUCCGAUUAAUUUUCUAUCGGAAAACCUCUCUUCAUUAAUCAUUACGAAAUCGGAAAGAAACGCUUUCCCAUUUCAUAUCCAUUAUCGCUGGAACUGUAUACCAGAAACAAUAUUAUCGUCCGUAAAUGAAGACCAUAUUUAUUGUUUCAAUGUUCCACCGAUCACAUUUCUAUUUAACUUUUAAGAUAGAACAUGGCUUUUACUGUAAAAUUAGUAAAACAAAAGAAAAAGAGAAACGAAAAUGAUUAAAAAGUUUUAACAAUUUGAAGAAGAAAUUUAAGGAAAUUAAGUGAGAAAAAUAAUAAAUCUGAAACAACACUGCCGAACUUCACUUGUACAAUUUAUUUUUCGAAACAUGUUUGUCGAUAUACAUUUACUAAAUAACCUCCAUACAAACUGCACACACACUCUACGGGGAAUAAUGAUCGAGAUGUCCGUUGCGUUGCGUUGUGAUAUUUUAUAAGGACCAAUACUUGCGUAAAAUUUGUAGUGUCACAUUUUGUUUAUGUUUGCAACGUAAAGUUUUGUGGUACACAUUUUCUUAAAGCGUACUGUUUGUUUCGAUGUUUCUUGCAAUUUUAUGUAAUUUCAAUUGUUUAUUGAACAUUGACACCAGCAAUAACGGUGGAGAAUUCGAAGACAUGGAAUAUAUAGAAAAGCAUAAGUCGGUACGCCGGUCACUGAAAAUUCUAAAUUGUAUCAAUAUACUGGUCAUCAUUUCAAUGUUUUACGCAUUUAUCGGUUUCUGCGCUAAAAUAAUAAUCGAUCUGUCAUUAAAAUAAAGAAAUUGUGAUUUUGUAUCUGCGGAUCUAAUUUUAUUUUUGUUUUCAUGCGGACCGGACUUCUUAUUAAAUGAUUUGUACGUGAUUUACUGCCGCUACAGGCUAUGGACAUACAUGUAUGUGGGCCCAGAUAUCUUACAUCUCCUGUACCAUUGUUAGAAAAUGACAAAAAUAAUGUUUCAGUCACAGGUUCAGGAUACUUUUUUGGGUACAAAGUGCUUGCCCCAUAUUUACUGGACAGUACCUAUCGAAUGAGGCUUGUAGCCUGUAGCGUCAGUAAAUCACGUGCAAAAAACACCCUUUUUCGACUUUUGGUGGAAGUUCCACAGCCAAUAAAGAAUAUUAAAAUUAAACGACUGCGAUUUUCGACUAUUGGGGCCAAGGGCAAUCUGGGCAUGUAAACAAAGCGUCGCUAA